CAUGGACUUCUUUUAUUAACCUUGAAUAAACCGGGAGUUCUAAAUUUUGAGUGAUUGUGAAAAUUCGAAUUCGGAGUCAUGUGGUCAUCAAGCGACUAUAGCAGUAAUAUUGGAGUCACAAAUGAUUUCGGGGGAGGCUACAUGCCAUCAGCUGGUGCUAGUACUGGACAGAAGAAGAUUAAUUAUCAGGGUACUAUUAUCCCUUGCACGUGUGCCGAAAUAAUGACCGCAAAUCAAGAUGGUGAUAAGUUUGUUUCUUCGUGCGGGAUAGAAUUCAGUCAAAUAUCAGUUGUCGGGAUUAUUCGUUCGGUAAAUGAGUCAAGCACACGCGUAGAGUAUGAAAUCGAUGAUUAUACCGGCCCCUACUUACCAGUAAAACUUUUCACAGAAGAUCAGGAUAAUUCAUCUUCCGGCUUACAAUCUCGACCUCUUCGGGAAUUAUCGUAUGUACGGGUGCAUGGUCAUGUCCGAAACUUUCAGGGAGUCAAACAUGUCAUUGCUUUCCGAGUUAUUUGUUUGUCAGACAUGAAUGAACUUACCACUCAUAUAAUGGAAGUGAUUUAUGCAAGAAUGUUGUAUAUGAAAAUUAAACAAGAUGAGAAUAAUGGGACCAACGCCAAAAGUAUUUUCAAUGAGGCUGGUUCGCACAAUAUGCCUGGUUCUACUGGUAAUGGACUAACUGUCUUACAAAAUCAGAUACUUGCGAUAGUUAGGACGUUUGUUGGUGAACGUGGAAUCCCUGUUUGCCAAUUAACAGAAAAGCUACGUGGGAUACCCGAGAGGCAAAUUAGGGAAGACUUGGAUUUCCUCAGUGCUGAGGGUCAUGUAUAUUCGACUGUGGAUGACGACCACUUCCGAGCUACUGAAGCAUGAUUGAAUCAACAUUAUCUGUAUCAUCUUAUUUUAUACUAAAAGACUGCGUUUGAUUGUAUAUAGUGAUUGGUCUUAUUGUUUUUUCUGUAUCAACACUGUUCAUAAUAAAAACAGUAAUACAUUCGAUUCAGUAUUAGCCGU